GUGAGACAGAGCGGCGAGGGCCCGCUCCUUCUUCACCCACCUACACAAGCGACGCCGGAAGCUGUUCUCGAUGGACUCAGAAGGACUGCGUUGUUUUUCACAGUUACAGUUCACGACGAGGCUGUCCAAGCACUUACGGUGAUGCACCUGCAAAGGAGACUGAAGAGGCGUUUAUUAUUAGAGAAGGCAAGGGAAAACAGCGUUUCACGGAGGGAGUGAUUAACCGCAGAGUGCUGCUAGGAAGUCAAGUCUCAUGGCAGAAUGGAAGACUUUACUGAAGCCAAAUCUUUGGAUAUUGGGCCCAUCUAUUUCUUUGAUCAGAUGAAACCAAAAAGGAAAAUAUGGGAAAAAAGAGAACAUGAAGGCCAUUUCCCCCAUUUGAGAUACACCUCAAGAGCUAUUUAUAGCUGGCAUGAUCUUAUUGAAGGUGUUUGUAAGUGUGCAACGAAAAAUUUGAAGAAAAACAAUGCCUUAAAAAGAGAUUCCAGAAACAUGACCCAAAUCAGCACCUGUGCAAAAGAGGAAUAUCAUAAGGAAAAUCAUCUUGUGAAAGCAAAAAAAGACCACUCUGUUUCAUUGGCUCUUGUCAAACAAAACCAGUAUUCACAGAUCCCGCAGGAUAGCCAUUUACCUGUUGUCAUCCACUUCUCCCUGUUAUCCAAGAUCUGUUUAGAAAAUGGCUGGAUCUUUCAACAUCCUCACUCAAAAUUGGAAAUUCUGAAAUGGAAGACAAUCCUCAAUACUGCUGUGAAGAGACUACAAGAAGCCAUAAUUCAAAUAAAAGCAGAAGAAGCAAAGCUUAAAAAAGAAGGAUUCAACAAAUGUCUUAUCCUGCGCCACUAUAAUGAUCCUAAAGGCAUGGUGAAGGUAGACAACAGUCCCAAAGUUUCCCAAUGUUUCUGGCUGGAGCUGCUGAAGAGGAAGCCUAAGAUGCCAACAGUCAAAGAGGCUGAUCCAGAGAUGAAAAAGUUCCAUUAUGCCCUGGUAGACUGUUCCUCUUUGACCUACUAUCCUUCUGGCCGCCUCGCUGUCUGCCAAAGCUAUUCAGCUCUCCCUUGGGGUGGCAUGUACACCAACAUAUUCAGUGACCUGCCCAAUCAAGUUAUCCUGGGAACCUUUACACCUUUUGGAUGUGGUAGCAUUUCUUUUCCUAAAAGCCUAAUAAUAUCAAUGAUGUUUAAUCAGGAUGGUGGCAUGGUGAUCGGCAAAAAAGGAAACAUUAUAAGGGAAUGGAUGUGGCCUUCAAAGGGAAAACUUGAUGAUCCAGUUGAAAUUUGGGUGAACGAGUUCAUUACAGUGGAGAUUUCUGGGCGCUUUGCCAUAACCUUGGUCUACAAAUGGCAUCCCCAAAGCCUAAAGCUAUCUCUGGCACCUGUAAAAUGCAAGUUUUUCCAUCAAGGCUUACCUGAGGAGCCAUUCCCUGAUGUCAACCCCAUCUCCAAAGAAGCCAUGGAGUUAUUCAAGGCCUAUAAAGUAAAGUGCAAACAUAUGAAAUCUGCAACACAGGACAAAGAUCCUUCAAGUUUAACAGACACAAUGAAAAUAGCUACGUUUGAUCCCGUAAUGGACAUAAGCCCUAUGUCUGACAUCACAACAGUUAUUAAAUUAAGAAGACUGCAGAAAAAGGUCAAGCACAUCCUACUUCACUGGCUGGAUUACUACAGAUUUGCUUUAGGAAUUGAAUCCCUGUACAUUUGCAAAAUACCCAAGUCGCCACAAAAAGUGAUCAAGAAACAAAAAGUCUCAUCAGCAAAAUUUCCUCUGAAACAAAGUACAAAGGAAAAAGAUGAGAAUAAGGAGUAUCUUCAAUACCAAAAUACCUUCCUAAAACUUAAAGGUAUCUUUCAGCCUUCGCCUCUCUAUUGCAUCCGGAAGACCCCAGUCAGCAAUCAGUACCUCAGGCUUCCUCUUCCUCCCAUUGAGAGCAAGGACGCAUGGUUUGCUUCCCAGCUGCUUUGUCCUGUGGUCCUCAGGAGGACACUGUGUGGGAAGGAAGGGGGCACAUGCCAAUGUGGCACUUACAGCAUCCCUGAAGUGACAGACCUGGAGUAUGAUCACCUUAUAAGCACCCAGCUGUCCUCCGUGCAUCAGGUCAUUAUAGUCCACGUGACCUCAGCUAAGGAAACAGACAAGACUAUAAAAGAAAUGGCCCAAGUGUAUAGGAAACUGAACAGAUCCAAAAGCAUGCCUUGCAUUCAGAGUUGUUCAGAUCCCUUUCGAUUGCUCAAAUACAACAUCACCUCUGCAUCUAAAUUUACUGGAAACAGUUGUCCACUUCUGGUUCAAAGGCACAAUGUCAUUCCAGGAAUUUUUUUGAUGUACAUUAGGGGAAAAUUAGUAUUUGCCAACUUUAUUUUCAAUGGCUAUAGCACAUCUGCUGAAGACCUUCAAAAGCAAAUUGUGAAGACAAAGAGUGAUUAUCAUACAGGAUAUUUCCUACCCAAUGACUUCAGGAUCCGGUAGAGUAACUAAUAUAUUCUAUCUUGUCUCACACUUUUAAUUAGUAAAUCCCAGAUAAGGGCCAAAUUUCAAGAACUGCCUUUA